AUGAAUAGAGCAAUGCUUAUGCGACGAAAAGACUUUAUAUUUACUGAAGCUGUUGCCAGGGAUGCAUUUCCUAAUUUUGAUCUCAAAUCGUGGAUAUCGAAAAUGUUAUCCCAUGAACAAAAUAGGGCAAAUGCUUUAGAAGAAUUGAACAUGGCUUGGAAAUUCAUGUUUCCUAAUGAUAAUGUGGUUUAUGUAAGUUUAACCGCGCUUAACUUUUUUCCAGAGUUUGCCCGAAGUCAAGUUUUUGUGGCAAUGGAUGAUUAUAAGGAAUGCGUUGAUUUAUAUGAUGAGCCAAUGUAUAUGAGAAUAUUUCUUGCUUUUCAUAAUCAGAUCAUUGAAUAUGAAAAUGUAUCACGAAAGGUAUUAAAACGUAGGCAUAAGGAAAUUAUGGAUGAACAAGAUAGCAUAAUAAUAAGAAAAGGACAAGAAUUACUAGAAGUAAUCAAUAAAGGGAGACUAGUGUUGGAUGAAAAUUGCAAACGAGACAAAAUAAUUAAAAAAAUAAUUAUAGAAGAGAUUAUUACGAAACCAAAAAAAGUACAAAAUUUGAUUUUUACAUUAGAGUUCGCAAAUAAUGAAAUACCUUAUAUUGAUCUUGCUACGUGGGCCGUUCAAAUGCAUUCUGAUGAUAAAACAAUUCGUGAUUUUGCACAUGAUAUUCUAGAUGAAGCCUUCGAUUUAAGAUUUUCGGAUUCAAUUGAAAAUUUUAAAGCGAUGUCCGGUUUGGAAGAUUAUGAAACGAUUGUACCAAAAUACGAAAGAAAUUUACCAUUGAAAACAUUUCGUAAAAUUAUUGACAGCUACCAUGCUAGAAUGAGUGAACUAAAACAAUGUCAAAUUUGA